AUGGAUUCUGGGGAAACAAACUGCAUUCUUACUGAUGAUCUGUUUGAGAAUAUCCUUUCAAGGCUCCCAGUGAGAGACUUAUUGCGUAUGCGAUGUGUCAGUAAGUCAUGGUGUGCCCUCAUUGACGGUUCUAGAUUCAUUUCGAUGCACCACCAUGCUCAAUGUGCCAUGUGCAAAGAAAAUGGGGAUGUGCCUCUCCUUCUUAUGAAGCGCUCAACUGCAGUAGUAAAUGACUCAAGCCAAUGGUAUCUUCUCUCUAAACAACAAGGGGAUGACAAUGUUUUGAAUUUGAAUUCUGAUCUAGAGCGUGAUAAAAAUUCUGUUUUCACAAUGGAUCCCUCCUAUAGAGAAGAGAAAGUUAUUUGUAGAGGCAGUGCUAAUGGUGUCAUUUGUCUUGAACUUUGGUGCACCAGUCAAGAUUGGAUGAGUGUUAAUAUUAGUUGUUGCUUAUGGAAUCCGGCCACAAGAGAAUUUAGGAUGAUUGCCUAUCCUGAUGCACCAGAUCUUGAUCUUCAGUAUGGAUGCACUUUUGUGGUAGUAGGUUUUAUGUUUCAUUCAGUGUCUAAUGAUUUGAAGAUUAUGACUAGAACUAGUAUUGUGUCAUCUGACAUAGGAUUAGCAUACGAUAUUUACUCCCUGAACACCAACUCUUGGAAGAGACUUGAGCCGCCAUUGUUAUUGGGUUGUCUUGGCAUGAUUCAAAAUCCUAUUAUGGGUUCAUGCAUAAAUGGUGUUUAUUAUUGGAUUAGCAAUGCCUUCGGAAGUCAUAUGCACCCUAAGCUAGCUCAGCGUCAUGGGUCUUGGGUCCUAUCAUUUAACAUGAGCACUGAGCUUUUUAAAUUUUCUGAUCUUCCUGGAGUGGAUUGGGAUUUUCUAUCUGGCCCUUCUGACACAAAGUAUGAUAUUGGGCUAUACAAGGAAUGUCUCGCGGUAUUUGUCACCCGCAGAUCUCAUCCUGAGUUAGCGGGUAAUUUUUAUAUCUGGGUAGCCACUGAAUUUGAUGAUGACUUUGGAGUCCCAUUGGCAUGGCAAUGUUUGUUCUCUUCCAGACCAUUUCCAAAACUUUAUGGUGUUUUGUCUACUUAUGGUGUUAUGGCUGGGCGAAUGGAUGGUGAUCUGCUGCUCCUCAUCAAUGGUGAUUUGUACCUUUAUAAUCCCGCGACAGACAAUAUCUCGAGCUUUGGUAUAAGAGUUAAUUUUUGUCACAUAUAUGUGGUGAGCUUGUUCCCUUUAUUGAGGAGGGUUAUCCAGAAUUAA